GCUGGCUCUUACUCUGUGUGUGAACCUCCACUGUGUCCUGAGCCCAAGACUGCACAGCUUGCAGGACGCAAGGUGGUGAGGGCAGAUCAGGCUCUCUCUCCUUACUUGGCUCAACAAAACCCACUAAGAGUUUUCCUGCACGCGCUAUUUUGGAGAGAGGAGAGAGAGAGAGAGAGAGAGAGAGAGAGAGAGAAACUUUUCCCAAAUGAAGCAAAUGAAGAGAACUCAUCUACUAGUUUUGGGAGUCUACUUGCUGUCCUCUUGCAGGGCAGAAGAGGGGUUGAAUUUUCCCAUAUAUGAUGGGAAGGACCGAGUGGUAAGUCUUUCAGAGAAGAACUUCAAGCAGAUUUUGAAGAAAUAUGACUUGCUUUGCCUCUACUACCAUGAGCCGGUGUCUUCCGAUAAGGUCGCCCAAAAGCAGUUCCAGCUGAAAGAGAUUGUGCUAGAGCUUGUGGCCCAGGUCCUGGAACAUAAAGAUAUAGGUUUUGUGAUGGUGGAUGCCAAGAAAGAAGCCAAGCUUGCCAAGAAACUGGGUUUUGCUGAAGAAGGAAGCCUCUAUAUUCUUAAGGGUGAUCGCACAAUUGAGUUUGAUGGCGAGUUUGCAGCUGAUGUCUUGGUGGAGUUUCUCUUGGAUUUAAUUGAAGACCCAGUGGAGAUAAUCAACAGCAAACUGGAGGUCCAGGCCUUUGAACGCAUUGAGGACCAGAUCAAACUCCUUGGCUAUUUCAAGAGUGAGGACUCAGAACAUUAUAAAGCUUUUGAAGAGGCAGCUGAACACUUCCAGCCUUACAUCAAGUUUUUUGCCACCUUUGACAAAGGUGUUGCAAAGAAAUUUUCUUUGAAGAUAAAUGAAGUUGACUUCUAUGAGCCAUUUAUGGAUGAGCCCACUGCCAUCCCCAACAAACCCUACUCGGAAGAGGAGCUCGUGGAGUUUGUGAAGGAACACCAAAGACCCACUCUCCGUCGCCUGCGGCCACAAGACAUGUUUGAAACAUGGGAAGAUGAUUUGAAUGGAAUCCACAUUGUGGCCUUUGCAGAAAGGAGUGACCCAGAUGGCUAUGAGUUCCUGGAGAUCCUGAAACAGGUGGCCCGAGACAACACCAACAAUCCUGACCUGAGCAUCGUGUGGAUUGACCCUGAUGACUUUCCUCUGCUUGUUGCCUACUGGGAGAAGACCUUCAAGAUUGACCUAUUCAAGCCACAGAUUGGGGUGGUGAAUGUGACAGAUGCUGACAGUGUCUGGAUGGAGAUUUCGGAUGAUGAUGAUUUGCCUACAGCGGAGGAGCUGGAAGACUGGAUUGAGGAUGUACUUUCUGGAAAGAUCAACACUGAAGAUGAUGACAAUGAAGAUGAAGAUGAUGAUGACGAUAAUGACGACGAUAAUUCUGAUGAAGAGGAUAAUGAAGACACUGAUGAUGAUGAUGAUGAAUAGCUCCAAUUCCAAAUGAUUAUUCCGAAAACAAAAUCACAGCUUCCCACCCUCACAGAGACAGACCAUGGUGGCAGCAAGCAGCCCUGCCCCCUACACAGCUCCUUUCUUCUUUCCAACAUCUUUUCUCACCCCCUUUUCAUCAUGAGCAAAUGCUUUUCCAAACCCAGCAGUCCCACUUAGCAGGGACAGGAGAGGAAUGGGUACCAUGCUGUCUUGAUUAUCAUGGAACACUUUUCUUGUUCUUCACUAGAUCAUCAUGGAGUCACAGCAGUGCCAGAAUCUGACAGAAUUGGGACAAACCCUUAACACCUCUAUCAAGUUUACUUGUCUUUGACUGUGAUGGUGACAGAGCCAAAUAUUUGUUAAUUCAUGGAGUGACCUUGUAGUCAGAGCCCUGGAAAGACAGAUGGUUAGUUAAUUUAGCCCCCAUAUCUAGAACAUCAAUGAACUCAUCUCUAAAUUUUUUGAUGUCUAUUGAGAAGCCUUGUGUAGGUGACCCUAAUAUUUCUAGUGUAUUAGUACCCUGAGAUGGGUGGUUGAUUUGUUCUCCAAACUUCUGGUUUAUGACAAUUCUCAUAUUCACCUGCAGUGGGGUACAAGGAGACUGAAGCAUUAAAGGCUCUUAAUUUUUUGGAUGGGGAUGGGUUUACAUCUUUAUAUAAGUCAGCUGGCCUCUUGUGUUGAGCUGGGAACUGAAUACCCCUUCUCUGUUACUGCUGGUAAACUUCACUUAAAUUUUUUCUUUAUCUAGAAGUUAAUAACUCUCCAUUUAUCAGCACUCCCACAGUUUACUAGAGCUAUAAUAAUUGGAGUCCAUAAUGAUAGCCUGAAACACUAAAAACAAACAAACAAACAAACAAACAAACAAAAAACUCCUAUGUGCCUUCUGAGCUGCCUAAAAGUUACAUUGUGCUUGGUAGUGCUAGCAUUGAGUGUGUAGUAUAAUGUUCUAAUUUAUUUUUUCAAUCUGUUAACACAUGAAACUGUACAAAUGUUUUUGAAACUGUGUCAAUCCUUUUGUAGAAUAAUAGCUAACUAACUGUCAUUAAAUUCAUAUUCUGAAAAUUUGA